UCCCCUCCAUAUCAUGUGAUUCAGGUGUUCCAAUCCCCUCCAUAUCAUGUGAUUCAGGUGUUCCAAUCCCCUCUGUAUCAUGUGAUUCAGGUGUCCCAAUCCCCUCCAUAUCGUGUGAUUCAGGUGUUCCCAUCCCCUCCAUAUCGUGUGAUUCAGGUGUUCCAAUCCCCUCCAUAUCAUGUGAUUCAGGUGUUCCAGUCCCCUCCAUAUCAUGUGAUUCAGGUGUUCCAAUCCCCUCCAUGGACACAGGUGUAUACAAUCAAGCCCCUAGGCAUG